AUGGAAUAUAAUAAAGAGCAGCUUAACUACUUCAGGAUCUGUUACAUUGUGACUAAGAUACUGACCACGGGUCUCCGAAUAAUCUUCAAGCAAGAAUGGGACAGUCGCUAUGGUACAACACGGUCAGGGGAGUGGAAAGAUGAGCCAAAAAAUGGAAUGGACUUUCGAAACAAGGAGUCUCCUCGGAACCAAAGGAAACAUGCCCGUCUCCAUACAACCAUGACAGGUGGAAACAGAGCAGAGUGGGAUUGUACAAUGCUUUUCUACGCCAUACUUUAUUCUGAUUGUAUUCACGGCCUUAAUCCAGUUGUCAGAUCAAAUGUCGAUACCCUUAGAAAAUUUCGAAAUGAAGACUUUGCGCACAUAUCAGAUGGAAAUCUCCCAGACGUGCAGUUUCGAAAAGUCAUCGGAAAAGUUCACGCUGCCUUCGAAGCACUCGGCCUCUCCACUUUGGAGGUUCAAGAAAUUGAGAAUCAGAAAAGUUUUCCCACAAAAGAGUUGACACUUGUUUUGAAGAAGGUGGAAGAUCUAAGACAAGAACUUCAGGAAAAAGGGAUGGAAUUGAAAGAAAAGGAAGAACAACGACAGGCCCUUGAAGAUCAAUUAAACAGUAAAAUCUCUCCCUUCUGUGUCCUCCCUGCUAAACCCUCACAUGACGUCACGGGUCGUGACCGUGAAGUAACUGAGAUAAUGCAACAGCUCAAAGAACUAGGAAAACAAAACAAGUUAGGCUACCUGUACAUCUCAGGAAAUCCUGGAAGUGGAAAAUCUCAGCUGGCUGGUCUAGUGGCAGAGAAAUACUAUGAAGAAGCUAAAACUUUCUCAGAAAAUACCUCGUUUGUAAUGACGAUAAAUGGUAAAAGCCCAGAUACUGUGCUACAAUCGUACGUCGAUUUUUCUCGCCAAUUAAGGUGUCCCGAGCACGCAGUCACUAAAACUCUUACCUCUGAUGGCUUAACAACGGAUGAGAAGAUCGCCAAUCUUAAGUCAUUGAUGGGCCCAAAAGUCGAGCUUUACGCGUCCUGGCUGGUAGUUGUCGACAAUGUAACGAGUAUAUUACGAGUGCACGUCCAUCUUCCCGACGCUGAAAAUGAAGUAUGGGCCAGGGGCCAAUUGCUGAUCACAACACAAGACACUGCAGCUAUCCCUAACACGAGCCCUUUCAUUCAAAACAUCGUAGUGAGCAAGGGAAUGAAGCCAUCUGAUGCCUGUUGCUUGUUGGAGAAGCUCUCUGGAAUCAAGGACAGUAAGAUGGAGAUAAAUGUUGCCGAAGCGUUAGACUACCAGCCUCUUGCCUUAGCAAGCGCUGCCACUUACAUCAGAGAGGUUCGAAAGAUGUCGAGUUUUGGUUGGAAUGACUACCUAACGGAAUUGAAGAAUGGCCGACGAAGUACCACUGAGAUCUUUCUCGCUGAAACCAACCCAAGCUAUCCAAAGUCCAUGACCACAGCAACAACACUGGCCGUAGAAAAAGCCAUGGCAACCGACAAAGUUAUUCAUCAUGCCUUUAAUUUCCUCUCAGUUUGUGCACUACAGCCAUUAGGUCUUAACAUCAUCGUGGACUACAUCAUAGGCAUGGCUAAGGACAUUGAAGACAAAGAGAUUCGUUUGAAGAUACGAAGGUGCUCAUUGCUUGUCUUUAAGACAGAGGAAAGAGAAGUCUACAUACGUGUUCAUCAGGUUGUGCACAGCGCCAUUAAAACUGUGACUGAAGCUUAUUCCAAUGACAAGCACAACGAGGUCGUCAACGGUGUUUUUGGAUCGUUCAAAAGUCUGGUAAAACAUUUCCUUUCAAAGGAUAACGACGAUCUACAUGCUCUUGUAAACGGCAGGCAUGUCAUUCCUCAUUUGAGACCUCUAGCUGCAAAACUUGAAAGGAAUUUCCCUCAACAGAUCACCUCUCAGGUCGACAAAAGCGAGUUUUUAAUCAUGGAUUAUCCUCAUGACUUUCGAGCAUUCGGCAAGUUUUCCUAUCGCCAUUCUGAAUUCGAAGCAGCAAGAAUUUAUCUCAGUCUGGCAUUAAACUUGUUCAACGUGUUUCAGCCAGAUGCUGUCUUAGCUAUUGCAGCUACUCACAAUAAAUUAGGUAGUGCAAACAGUAAACUGGGCGAACUAGAGAAGGCGGUACAUCAUUAUAAUCGUGCACUAACCAUCUACAUGGAGAGAUUUGGACCAGAGCAUAAUGGCGUCGCGAAGUCUUGCAAUAACCUUGGUUCUGUCCACGAUGAACUGGGAGACUUGGAGAAAGCGAAAGGUUACUUUCGCCGUGCAUUAGACAUUCGUCUGAAAAACUACGGAGUCCAUCACCUGAAACUUACCACUACCUAUAAUCGCAUGGGAAAUGUAUAUAAAAAGCUGGGUGACCUGAAGCAAGCACAAAAUUAUCAUAAUUUUGCACUGUCCAUCAGGUUGAAAGAGCUCGGGCCGGAGCAUGUUGAUGUCGCCAUUUCUUGUAAUAACCUGGGUCGGGUACACCAUAACCAGGGUAACCUAAAGAAGGCAAGAGAUUACUAUAAUCGUGCACGGGCCAUAUUUUUGAAAAAGCUUGGACCUGACCAUGUUCAUAUGGUAACUACUUACAGCAACCUCGGUCAGGUGCACCGUGAGCUCGGUAACCUGGAUCGUGCGGAAGAUUAUUAUCAUCGUGCAUUGGUCAUUCGUAAAAGAACUGAGCUCGGAUCUGGGUAUGUUGACGUCGCAAAUUUUCGUAAUAACCUGAACGCCCACACUGAAAGAGUCUAG